CUGCAGGAAGUCAAAAUGAGAUGGCGAGUACGGGGACAGACGGUCGCGCGAAGCCGCUCGCCUGCAGCGCAGACUCUGAGGACCGGUGUCGGCAGCGAGGAGAGCCUGCGCCCCGAGCCAGCGCACCAUCACUGCUUCAGACAGCGCUUCUGGACAGUCAGCAUCAAUGAAUCACCGAGACUCAGGAUGAGCUCCCACAAUGCAUCCUGCUCGGCGGAGGUGCCUCCCGCCAACUGCUCCCUCGUCUGCUUGUAUAACAUGACUGAAUGGGAGAACCAAAUGGAGCAACUGUAUGCCUACUUUUACCUAAUCAUCUUUAUCCCUGGGUUGCUGGGCAACAGCCUGGCGCUCUGGAUUCUCUGCCGGUUCAUCAGGAAGAAGACAAAGGCCAUCAUCUUCAUGAUCAAUCUGGCAGUGGCCGACCUCACACACGUCCUGUCGCUGACCUUGCGGAUCCACUACUACUGGACACACUCCUGGCUCUUUGGCCAGGGGCUCUGCCUGUUCUGCUUCUACCUGAAGUACCUCAAUAUGUAUGCCAGCAUCGUCUUCCUCACCUGCAUCAGCAUCCAGCGCUACGUCUUCCUGGAAUACCCCUUCUGUGCCAAGAAGUGGAAGCGGCGCUACGACGUGCGCAUCAGCGCCGCCGUGUGGCUGGUGGUGGGACUGUGCUGCUCGCCCUUCAUCCUCAUGCGCAGCAGGCGCAGCGACAGCGACACCGGCUCCAGCGCCAGCUGCUUCAAGGACCUGCCCAUGCGGAAGAUCUCGCUGCGACUCACUGUGCCCAUGGUGACCUUUGCCGAGCUGUUGGGCUUCGUGGGGCCCCUGGCCGUCGUGGCCUUCUGCUCAGUGCGCAUCAUGAGCUCGCUGCGGCGCGUCAGCGUGGGUCCGCAUGCCGCCGACACCAAGAAGGCGCUUCGCAUGGUGCGUGUCUGCGCCUUCGUCUUCCUCUUCUGCUUCGCCCCCUACCACAUUAACUUCCUGUUUUACAUGCUGACAAAGCAGGGGGUCAUCUCCAGCUGCCCUCUGGUGCAGCUCGUGAACCGAUUCCACCCCAUCUCCCUCUGCAUCGCCAGCCUCAACUGCUGCCUCAACCCAAUUAUCUACUACUUUCUCACUACGGAGUUCAAGCAGCAGCUUUCCCGACAGGGCAGCUCCAUUCUCCGCGGCCGCCUCAUGAGCCUGGAGAGUACCUCCUCCUUCUAGAGGAUGCCAGAGAGGAGGCAGCGUCAACCAGGAAGAACGCUCGCUGGUUCAGACUGGGGAAAAAAAAAAAAAAAAAAAACCGCUUGCAGGCAAAGCUUUGACUGUAUCUGGCUCUAGGGGGAGCUAGUGAGAGUGAUUCUAAAACUGGGCGGGGUCCCGGCGUGGACCUGUGUGCCUUGCAGAAUCUGCCCCACCCCCCGCGGUAGCUUCUGCCGUCUGUCGCUUCACAUGCACACCCUUACAGUACAGCAGGGGGAUUCUAGGGUCUUACCCUUGUGGGGGGGGUGGGAAGGGGUUGGGGGGCCCCUGGAGAACUACGAGACAUCACCUCCCUCCCCCAAGAAGUUUUCCAAGCCGGGGGUAUGAAACAUAUAAGAAAAUCUGGGACAAAAUCGCUAAAUGGAUUUAAAAAGUAUAUAUUUUUCAGGGGGGCUAAGACAAAACAAAUAAAUAGGAUGUAGAACCACUUAUGUGGUAUGUGGUACACCCACUCAAAAAAAGCUGUUUUGCACAGCUGUUUUUGUUCUUUUGGGGGCAUUCCUCUUAAUCACUUAAUUAACAUAAUUAUUUCCCUCUAAUGAAGUUUCCUCUUAGAUUUCUCACAUCAGAAGAAAUAAACUGAUUAACUAGUGUUUAAGUAAUUCCUAACUGAGCCACUGAAUCCAGGGACAUAAGCUCAUCCAGAAAGGUCCACAGAUCCAGGAAAUAAAUUCUGUAAGGUAGACUACAAAUACACUUAAUAGACGUUAAGUCUAUUAACAUGUAAUGCAAUUUAAAGGGUGAACGAAGAAUGAAGUCAGUUUUCUUUAAAAAGAAACACCGUGAAAAUGGAGUUUACUCUGUUUCGGUUGAUUGAUUUUAUGGAUAUGAAGGUUAAGCGAAGUAAGUCCCUAUGAUACGAUAAUUUCGGUGUUAGGGAACAAGGAAGUGUAUUAAUAGUGUGUUAUGAGGAUAGUAGUCAAUAAUAAAAUAUGAGAAGGAAUAUUCUUUUAAAAACUGCACACACUCCUUUAGGCACAGAUCCGCAGAAAAUGCAGACUAGUAGGUCUAUAUUUUUCAUUAAUAAGUAUUUGCUCUCUGUUGCUGAAUGGCGUACGCGUCCUUUGUAAGUAGUGACGGUGUCCUCACACUAAAAGUGCGAUCGCAGCGGAUCAUGAACGGGACACAUCGGCUGCGGGAGGCUGACUGCUGACGCGUGGUGUCGCGCAGCUAGGCUUCGCCACCUGUGACGGGAAUCCGUACGUAACACGGCACCACGCUGUGCGAAAUAUUUCUGCGCCAAGUAUUUGAGUUUAGCUGCUGUCCUGUUUUACUUUAAAAGGGCACAAUCUGAACCUAGAUACUCUUUCCGUGGCAGAAAAAGUGUUUUGCAAAAUGUAUGUUAAGAUCUAGGUCUGCGUUCGGGGGUAAACCGCAAAACCGAUCUUGUCAUUUAUGUUACAUUUUCCGUUCUACUUUAAGCUACUUUAGUUUUAUAUGAACUUUUUAAGCAUUAGCUUACGGGCCAAAUAAAAUGCUUUUGAACGCAAA